CCAAGUCCGCCACUCCAUUGAAUGCACGGAGGCGAAUCCACUUUACAGCAGCCGCUGCGAUUUGUUAUGUAGUUACGACGUGCCGUAACACGUUGUAUUUCCCGUUGGGCCUCGUGGAGUUGGCAAUUUUUACAGCUGCAUAAUGUUUAAGAAGUUUGAUGAGAAGGAGAAUGUUUCAAACUGCAUCCAGCUGAAAACAUCUGUUAUUAAAGGCAUUAAGAGUCAAUUGGUGGAUCAGUUCCCAAAAAUUGAGCCAUGGUUGAACCAAAUCAUGCCAAAGAAGGACCCUGUAAAAAUAGUAAAAUGCCAUGAACAUAUUGAGAUCCUGACGGUUAAUGGAGAAUUGCUGUUCUUUAGACAGAGGGAGGGACCAUUCUUCCCCACCUUGCGAUUACUUCACAAAUAUCCUGUUAUUUUGCCACAACAGCAGGUUGAUAAAGGAGCUAUCAAGUUUGUGCUCAGUGGCGCCAAUAUCAUGUGUCCUGGUCUGACGUCCCCUGGAGCUAAGCUGUACCCAGCUGACACUGACACAAUAGUUGCUAUUAUGGCAGAAGGCAAACAACAUGCCCUUUCUGUGGGAGUCAUGAAGAUGCCAGCAGAUAAAAUCGAACAAGUGAACAAAGGUAUUGGAAUUGAAAACAUGCAUUACUUAAACGACGGUCUCUGGCAUAUGAAGACAUAUAAAUAACAACAAAAUUCAAGAUCUGAAGGAAAAAUGGACUAACAACUGCAAGAGAUUAAGAUAUUUGAAGAAUAAAUUUUCAAUGUAUUUUCCCAUACACCGGACAUUAUAGGAAAAAAAAAGUUUUGUGUGCAUCUGAUGCCAUUUUCUCUUUGUGUAAAUCUGUACAAAAUACAAAAGGAGUUGUAACCAUGGUGAAAAGCUACUUGUAGCAUGUACUUCCUUGAUUUCCUUUGUAAAAUCCAAUCAAUGCAGAUGCCUUUAGCAUGUACAGUUGGUUUAUACAAAUAUAAAUGCACAGUUGGAAUUUCUGAAUGUUUACUGAAUUAAUACCGAGAUGAUAUGAUGAAUAAUUUUUAAAAAGAAAUUUCAGAUCUUUGCAUGUUGUAAUUCCAUCUUUGGAAGAGAAAGCCUUAAUUUGGCUUGAGAAUUCUCUUACCAGUUUCAUCCCAGUUUAGGAGAAAAUGGUGAAUUCCUACAUCUAUAUGAUAUUUAAUGGUAUGCAUUACCUGAGAUUUGAAAGAUUUGAGCCUUGUUAACAUAUUGCAGCCAGGUGUGCAGGUAAUGAUCUGGACUGGAGAAUAGGUGAAACUUUCUGCUGUGAACUUUGAUGCAGAUUUAUUAAAAUAUCAAAUGGACAAUAUCCGUGAAUGAUUGUAGCUUUACUUUUAUUAAUUCAUAACCCUACUUGAAUCAGAUAAUAACAAAUGAUGUAGUUGCAAUUGAUAAUUUGGCUGGAGGUCAUUUUAUUUUAAUCAUCCAGCAGUACUAAUAAUUGCUCCUCUGUUUCCUUUUUUUUAGAAUGUUCCCGUCUUUUUCAAAUCAGUCGAUGACAACAUUAACACUUCUAUAUGCUGAACUAAUCAUUAAAUCCAGAUUGCCGUCUUAGCAUCUUGUUCAAGUUCUAUGUAGUAUCUACCUAAAUCUAGCUAUUUGUCAUGUUCACAUUGAAGUGAUUAGUCGUACCUCAUGAAUGUUAAAAAUAGUGGCAUCAGGGAGGAUUUGUAAUUGGCAAAAUAUAACUGAUAGGCAGUCAUUCCAUGCAGAGAAUUAGAGGUGGAGGUUGAGUUGCUCAUCCCUGUCAAAAUUAUAGUAUCCGAGGAGAAUAGUUCUUACAGCUAUAGAUUUUUGUUUUGCAGCAUUGUUUUCUGGCUCGAGUGGACAUGGUCCAUCCAUAGCUGGGAAACUGACCACUUCCAUUAACUGCAAAAUCCUUUGUUGCUUCCACAACUUUGUGAAGGAAAGGGGAGGAUCUUGGUAUCAGACCUUCGAAAAUGUCUUGCGUAUGAUGGAUGCUUAAUUUUCAAUUAUGUCGCAAUAGUCUAGACAAAAUGUACAGUUGAUAAUGUUCAUUUAGUGACUGGUCUCCAGGUUAUAGAACAAUUGAAAUAAGUGGUCCUCAAGACAGAAAUAUUCAUUAAUGCUCAAAUGUUAUAUGACAGCAAAAAUAUUUUCAGAUAUAUAGAUUUCGGAGCAAAAACUUUCAUUCUUAAGAGGGAUAAUAAAUCAGCCAUGAUAGAACAGUGGAGCAAAUUCAAUAGCCUAAAUGGCCUAUUUCUAUUCCUAUGUCUUAUGGUCUAAUAACCUAAUUAGUCCAUCGUUGUUAAUUGAGACAAAGGUAAUGACACCUGCAAGGAAGCAAAUGGCACAGGAGCCCAGUAACUAAAUUCAGUGGUCCAUUUCUAAAUCGGGUUUAUUCAUUAAUAGACUGCCAAUGGUUUCUUGGCAAUUUUGUGGACUUUGCUAACUUUUGUCUCCUUUCUGCACUCACAGUGGCAGUAUUUGUCUGUGGAAGGUACUGUUGUGGCAUUUGACUUUGCCUUUAAGUCUUCAGAACUCCCUUCCUCAAAAAGUCAUAGAAGCAGUAUCUGAAUAUUUUUAAAACAAAGGUUGAUAGAUAUCUGAUAAGCAAGGAAGUGAGUUGUUACCCUGGGUGGAUGGGAAUGCUGCAUUGAGGUUAUAGUUAGACCAGAGGUGGGGCUUGGGGGGAAAGUGGUCUACUCCUAAUCCUGUUAUCAAUUUGUAUUUAUGUUUGUUCUCAAAUCUCCAUGCUCCAAUUUAGCCACAAUUGAAAGGACUUUUAACCAUUGAAACCUGCAAUGAAAACCUGUUAACUGAUGGACAUAAUUUGAGCACAACAUUAUAUAUGUUGUUCAAUCAAAUAUUAUUUU